UUCAAGUUCCAACCAAAUGGAAAGUUGAAACCAUAAAUCUCCAAAUUGGCUAAAUAUCAAUGCAAUGGCCUCUGUUUCUUCCUCAUGUCUCUCUUCUCUCAACCCCAUCAUCUCUUCUACAAAACAUUCCCUCUUCAUCUCCAGAAUCUCCUCCAACAAACCAUUUCCCUCCAAAUCUUUGAAGUUCUCAUCAUCCCCAAACCCACCAAAUCCUGAAACUCCUCCACCAAAUUCACCUGAAACUGUCUCUGAUGCUGCACCGCCUCCUCUCGACCCUGUCAAGCUCGCAUUCGAGCGAGCCAAGGCCUACAAGAAAUUGUCUAAAUCGGGCUCCAAUUUGAAUGUUGAGCUGAAACCCGGUGUGGGUUCUGAAGGCAACUCUGUCCAAACUGGUAAAUCGGGUGUAUUGAGUUUCGAUGGCGCUGACGAGCAGAGGAAAAUGCAGGGUGGGGUUAGAGUUGCGGUAGAGAGUGCUAAUGAAGUGAAGGGGGAGGCGAAGGUUGUAACUGAUGGCACGAAGGGUGGGGUAAUCAACACCAAUGAAGGAUUGAACGACAGAGAUGGGGGAAAUUUGGGAAAUAAACAAAAGGGUGAUAAAAAGGGAGAGCUUUCUAUCUCAAGCAUUGAUUUUAUUGGGCUUGGCUUUGCGGAUAAGAAAAAGAGCAGGGGAUUACCAGCUGGAUUGGUUCCAAUUUCAGACCCCUUUUCUGUAGAAGACUUGCCUGAAGUGGAAAUAAUUGUAGGUGAUUCAAGCAAGUUUGACGAUGCAACAGUAUCCGAAAUUAAACCAACUCAGGAGGAUGAUUCUGAUUUUUACAAGCCCAAGGUUUCUACAUGGGGUGUCUUUCCUAGACCUGGCAACAUUUCAAAGACGUUUGGAGGUGGAAGAACUAUACGCCCUGGAGAUGUGCUUGAAACAGAUGAAGAAAAAGCUGUGAAGGAAGCACGCACAAAAGAACUGAUUGCUGCAUAUAAGAAAAAAUUUGGCUUGACCAUAGAUGCGAAACUGAAGUCCGAAUGUGAAAUGGCACUAGAGGAAGGCGAUUCAUUGAUGAAUGAUGGAAAACUUAAGGAAGCCUUACCAUAUUACGAGACAAUUAUGGAAAAAGUAAAUUUCCAGAGUGAGCUUCAUGGACUUGCUGCUUUGCAGUGGUCUAUCUGUCAAGAUUCCCUUAGUAGGCCAGAUGUGGCUCGAGAAAUGUAUGAGAAGCUUAAGUCUCAUCCAAAUCCUCGAGUAAGCAAGAAAGCAAGGCAGUUCAUGUUUAGUUUCCAGGCAAUGGAAAUGAUGAAGGUAACGACAAGCUCAUCCUUUCUUUCAAAUGACAGCAGCUACCGGAACUAUUUUGAAGCUUUUCUUGAUAACAAGCUUAACUACUCUGCUGACGAGUCCGGGAUUGGGGAAGGUGUACUUAAUCAAUCUCUUCCCUAUGUCAUUUUUCUUCUUUCUCCGAUUCUUCUGGUGCUAUUUGCUGCUGUACAAAAGAGAAUAUAAAAUCACCCAGUACAAUAGAGGAUUCAUAACAAAAUAUAUGGGGAUCAAUCCCAUUUGUAUAUAGAGGCAUUCUUUUAUGUUGUACAGCAGAAAAUAAAAUCAUCAUACAUUAACACACAUAACAUAAUACAAUGGGAUUGGUAUCCUUCAAUUGUAAUGUCAGAGUAUUUGUUAUUUUUGAAGUUCAAA